AUGAACAUAUCAGCCCCCCUUUGUGCUGCCACUGCAGACGCGUCGUUCGGCCCUGUUGUCGAUGCGGCCUGCCGUGAUGGCUUCGACUUUACCCUGCUCUUCGAGCAGUCCAUCUUUGUCCUUCUUCCCGCGUCACUGCUCCUCCUCGUGGCACCGCUGCGACUCUUGAAGCUGCGAAAGGCGUCGGUCAAGGUCACUGACAAUGUAUCGCGUGCGAUCAAAUUGCUGGCCUUGAUCGCCCUCUGGGCAACUCACGAUGGUCCAGCGCGUCUGAACGGCGUCUCUGUCGCUGCUGCAAGUGUCUCCUUUGCCUCAAGUCUCAUGUCCUGUGCCCUCUCGUAUCAUGAACAUGCCCGGUCCCUCGGCCCCUCGUCGCUGCUGAAUGUCUUUCUGCUCGUAUCCCUCCUGCUCGAUGCUGCCGUCUUACGAACCGUGUGGCUCUCCCUCUCCAGGGCAGCCGUCAGCACGGCCAUCCAAGCUGUUCUCACGGCUUCCUUUGGUCUCAAGAUGGCGCUGCUCGUGCUCGAGGCGAGAGAAAAGUCGGGCCAUGUUGCAGGCCGGCAGGCUUUGGCUCCUGAGGAGACGUCCGGUCUAUAUAACCGCGCCGUCUUCGCUUGGGUGGCUCCGCUGCUUCGGACCGGAUUCAAGCGUUUGCUUCAGCCGUCCGACUUGUUUCCUCUGGACGAGAAGAUGGGCGCUUCAGGACUGAACGAGAGGUUCUGGUGGCACUGGCAAAAAGGUUGCACCCUCCGCUCUGCUCUCAUCUCCGUCAUUGUACCGCGGCUGGCCCUCCUUGCCUUUACCAUCUGCCAGCCCCUGGUUCUGACGCGCUUCCUCGGCUUCCUCAACGACGAGACGCAGCCGGUCAACAUUGGCUACGGGCUCGUCGGGGCCUAUGGCCUCGUGUACCUGGGCAUUGCGGCGACGCAGGCGCUCUACUGGCAUCAGAAUGGGCGGUGCGUGACAAUGCUCAGGGGUGUUCUUGUUUCGGCUGUGUUUGCGAGAGUUACGGAUGUGAGCGUUGUUGCGGCUGAUGAUUCUGCUGCGUUGACUCUUAUGUCUUCUGAUGUGGAUGUCAUUGGCCGUGCUAUGAGAGAAAUCCACGAGUUUUGGGCAAAUAUCCUCCAGAUUGGCGUUGCGACAUGGCUCCUGAGCAAGCAGAUUGGAUAUGCCGCCGCGGGACCCAUCAUUGUCUCUGUUCUUUCACUGUUAGCCACCCUAUUUGUUUCGCCGCUGGCGGGCAAGUAUCAGGUUGGUUGGCUUGAGAAGACACAGAAGCGAGUCGGAAUAACCUCUGCCAUGAUCGGCCACAUCAAAAGCAUCAAAAUGUCCGGUCUCUCAAAGCACCUCUCCGCAACCAUUGCCUCUCUACGAGCCCAAGAAAUCUCCGCCUCCAAGCCCUUCCGCGUCGUGGGAGCAGUAACCUCGUCCGUGGCCCAGAUACCGCUGCUACUCUCCCCAGUCUUGGCCUUUGCCAUGUUCCAGGGCAUCACGGCGGCGACGGGCCAAGUGCUGGAUGCUACGCGAAUGUUUGCUGCGCUUUCGCUGAUUACGCUGCUUGCGCAGCCGUUGUUUUGGGUAUUUGAGGUGGUGCUUGACCUGAGUGCUGCGUUUGGUGCGUUUGGUCGUAUCCAGGCCUUUCUCGUCAAGGGUACGAGAGAAGAGUAUCGGACUGUGGAAGGGACUGAUGUGCUCGGCCCGUCUGCUGCUCCUGGGGGAGAAGCUGGUUUGAUAGAGCUCCAGACUCUGAGACCUCUCAGCACUCGCGCUUCUUCUUCCCCGAGUAUUGCGCAUACUGAUACCGCUGCCAUUGACCUUGAGAACGCUACGUUUUCCUGGUCACCAGAGCUUCAGACUUUGAGCAACAUUAGCUUCUCUCUCAGCCGCGGCCAAUUUGCGCUCCUCAUUGGGCCCGUGGCAUCUGGCAAGACGACGUUGCUCAAAGGCCUCUUGGGAGAAGUUCCUCACUCCAGUGGAAAGGUGUACUUGUCCAGCAGCCGUCUUUCCUGGUGUGAGCAGACCCCUUGGAUACUAAACCAAUCAAUUCGGGACAACAUUAUCGGAUACUCUCACUUUAACCAGGCCUUGUACGACCAAACAGUCAAAGCGUGUGAACUUGAGGAAGAUUUGAGGCAGCUCCCUCAAGGCGACUUGACUGUCGUUGGCAGCAAGGGGCUCGCUCUCAGCGGUGGCCAGAAGCAGCGUGUUGCUCUGGCGAGGGCUGUGUACUCUCAACCGCGUAUCGCCUUGUUUGAUGACAUCUUCAGCGGACUGGAUAAUGCCACCUCACAGCGAGUCUUCAAGAACCUAUUCUCCUCAACGGGACUGUUCAGACAAUGGGAAACCACGAUUGUUCUUGCUACCCAGACUGUCGAGUUCCUUGCGUCAGCAGAUCUCAUCAUAGCCCUGGGCCAUGAUGGGAAAAUCACGGAGCAAGGAUCCCUCGCACAGUUACAAGCCGCGGGCGGAUACAUUCAGACUCUAGUAGCCAGUAAAACCCUUGUCGAAAAUUCCGACGCAGGCCAAGAUGAGAUCUCCUCGGAAUCUAGAGACAGUGAUACCGCACCGAAAGUGGAAUACAAGGCCAAACAGGUCGAGAUCAAGGAGGACAAGCGCAGACAACUCGGAGACUCGACAGUCUACAAGUAUUACUUUGGCAGCAUUGGAAAGGUCUUUCUUGUCAUCCUGCUCGGUAUCGAGAUUGUUUGGGCUUUUCUCCAGAGCUUUCCGACUGUUUGGCUCAAGUUCUGGACAGAAUCAAACGGCCAAGGAAAUGACAACUCAGGUUACUAUUUGGGAGUUUAUGCUGCUUUACAGAUUAUGGGCGUCCUCUGGUUUGCUCUGCUUAUUUGGUUCGUUCUCGUCAUUGUCGCAGCAAAGUCUGGAAUAUCCCUUCACCAAAGAUUAUUAUCAGCCGUUGUCAACAGCAGAUUACCCCCCUUUUAUAAGCUCCUGCUCACUCACAUAUGCCCCAGGUUCUCUCAAGACAUUGGUAUUCUGGACAGAAACCUCCCUCUCGCCCUCGUGGUCACAAUAGCAAGCUUCUUCGGUGUCCUCGCCAGAGCAGGCCUCCUCGCCGCCUCAUCCUACUACGUCGCCAUCAGCUUCCCCUUCCUCGCCGCCCUAUACUACUUCCUUCAGCGCGGCUACCUCCGCACCUCGCGCCAGCUCCGUCUCCUCGAUCUCGAGGAAAAAGCCCCCGUAUACACGCAAUUCAUGGAGACGCUGGCGGGAAUUUCCACCAUCCGCGCGUUCGGAUGGCAGAAGCAGGCCGUUCUCAAGAACCACCAGCUCGUCGACCGGUCGCAGAAGCCGUUUUACCUGCUCAUCAUGGUCCAGCGAUGGCUCGUCCUCGUCUUGGACCUCACCACUACCGCGUUGGCGCUUCUUAUUGUCGGGUUUUCCGUCAAGCUCCGGGGUUCUGUGUCGGUGGGACUUACAGGCGUGUCGCUCGUUCAACUUAUUUCCAUGAGCGAGACGCUGAAUAUGCUUAUUCAGUUUUGGACUUCGAUUGAGACUUCAAUUGGGGCUGUGGCUCGCAUCAAGCAGUUCGCUGAGGAAACUCCCGACGAGAGUCUUCCGGGCGAGGAUCGAGAUGUUCCUGCUCAUUGGCCGGAUAACGGACACAUUGUCAUUCGGGAUCUGGAGGCAUCGUAUGACGAGAGUGGUGGCAUCAAGGCUCUGGAUGGCGUUACCCUGGACUUGAAGCCCGGCGAAAAAGUCGGCAUUUGCGGGCGCACAGGCAGUGGCAAGUCAUCUCUCCUGCUAGCCCUCCUCCGUCUGCUCAACCCAUCCUCCGGAACACUCACCAUCGACUCCAUCCCACUGGAUACCAUCUCCCGCGAAACCAUUCGCUCUCGCCUCAUCACCGUUACUCAAGACCAAUUCGUGCUCCCGGGAACCAUCCGCCAAAACAUCGAUCCAUCAGACUCCUACACCGAGGAAGCCAUCAUCGCUGCUCUCCAUGCAGUCAAGCUCUGGACCGCCAUCGACUCCAGGGGCGGUCUCAACGCUACUUUCGAAGAGGACAUGCUGAGCCAUGGACAGAAACAGUUGUUCUUCCUCGCGAGAGCCGUCUUGAAGAAAAGUUGUGGGAAAGUCGUGCUCUUGGACGAAGCCAGCAGCAGUUUGGAUCAAGAAACAGAGCAAAUGGUCCGUACGAUAGUCAACACCCACUUCCAAUCCCAUACCGUCAUUUCGAUCGCCCAUCAUUUGGACACCAUCCUCGAUUUUGAUCGCGUCGUGGUCAUGGACAAGGGUCGCGUUGUCGAGGUUGGAUCGCCACGAGAACUGCUGCAGUCAGCUGGCAAUGGCAAGUUCAAGGCUCUUUGGGAGGCCAAUGGCCGCGGAGGGCUUAAGUGA